UGCAUUGACACGGGAUUGCUCCUUCCCCGAUGUCGUCCCAUCAUCUCUGCAUCUCUGCAUCUUUCGCUGUCCAUCAUCCCGUAUUACUCAGUAAGGUACUCCGUAUUCGCUAUUCAUUCUGUGCGCUGUGCCUGGACUCCCGCCCAAAGUCAGACCUGUAUGCAUGACGCUGUCCAGCUAUUCUCUCUUGACUAUUCUCAUAUCUACACUGGUAACUGCAUCGAUCCCUUACUCAGUGACGCCGGACAGCCGAAGCCUGGACCGCGAAUGGACGCGGCGACGCAGUCGAUACGCACAAAUAGAUACAAACCAACGCCACUACGCGAUCACCAACAUUCCUCUCUCGUGUGAGCUGCGUCAGUGUUUGCCAGGUCCCUCUCCGCUUACCCGACCGUCGUUGUGACACUUCGGAAUCACAC